UAAAUCUCUUCUCGCCGUACACUCAAUUAAGUAUUUCGCGUUCCUUCAAGCGGAUGGUGUGCUGCAUUUACUACGAUUAAAAAUCCGCAUCGUUUUUGCUUUUUUGUGCAUAUUUUCCACCUGCAAUAAGGACGUUCCUUUCAUUGCGGCAUUAGUUUUGUUCCAUCCGUUCCGUUUACGUGUCUGUGUGUGUGUGUGUGCGCCUGUUAUUUUAUCAUUUCCCUUUAAAAGUCACUUGCUGUAAUCGUAGAAAAAUGUCUGCCGAACCGAUCCGUGUUGUCGUUACUGGAGCCGCUGGCCAGAUCGCUUACUCGCUGCUGUACAUGGUAGCGAAGGGCGAUGUAUUCGGACCGAACCAACCGCUGAUCCUGCAUUUACUGGACAUUCCACCGAUGAUGGGCGUGCUGGAGGGUGUCGUGAUGGAGCUGGAUGAUUGUGCUCUGCCACUGCUCGUCAGCGUUGUCCCGACCGCAGAUCCAGCUGUCGCUUUCAAGGAUGUUGAUGCGGCCUUCCUUGUCGGCGCAAUGCCCCGUAAACAGGGUAUGGAGCGUAAGGAUCUGCUGUCGGCGAACGUGAAAAUCUUCAAGGUGCAGGGCGAAGCUCUGGACAAGUUCGCCAAGAAGGACGUGAAAGUACUUGUGGUGGGAAAUCCGGCCAACACGAAUGCACUCGUCUGCUCGCACUAUGCGCCAUCUAUCCCCAAGGAAAACUUUACCGCCAUGACGCGGUUGGAUCAGAAUCGUGCCCAGGCCCAGAUUGCCGGCCGGCUCGGUGUGCGCAUCAUGAAGGUGAAGAACGUCAUCAUCUGGGGCAACCAUUCGGCCACGCAAGUCCCGGACGCACGGAAUGCUUCGGUGGAGGUGAACGGUACCGUCAAGACCGUGCCGGAAGCGGUUGCCGACGAUGAGUUUCUGAAGCAACAGUUCCUGGAAACGGUACAGAAGCGUGGUGCAGCUGUGAUUGCCGCACGCAAGAUGUCAUCCGCGAUGUCCGCUGCGAAGGCGGCCAGCGACCACAUGCGCGACUGGUUCGCGGGAACGCGCGACGGCGAGUACGUGUCGAUGGGUGUCAUUUCCGACGGAAGCUACGGAGCGCCGAAGGAUAUUGUGUUUUCGUUCCCGGUCCAGAUCCAAAACCGGCAGUGGAAGAUCGUGCAGGGUUUGUCGGUGGAUGAGUUCACGCGCAGCAAGCUGGACGUGACGGCGAAGGAGCUGCUCGAGGAGAAGGAGGAAGCGAUGGCGGUGUGCGCUGCGGAUUGACUAGUUAAACUGUAAAGCAAAAUUUUGUACGCGAACACCUGCUAUCACUGAUAUCACGCAUGACGCAGAAACCGAGACAGCGGAACGUACAACGCACGUGUGUAGAGUUCAAUUGUUCUUUACCUUCUUUCCGUUUUUUUUCUUUUUGUUGUAUCAAGUAGAACGAACAAGACAGAUGAAAGAGAGAACUAAAGAAGCACCAUAGGGUUUGAUUUUCAGUUCCAGCAGGGUUUCUUCAUUGUUCGAAAUUUUGUUUUACAGUACUCGUUAAUCGGGGACAUUAUGCACCCGGCACCCCGUACACCUGAUAUAAAAGAGUUGCUUCUAUUAAAUGGUAGGUUGGCCUAUUAGCUGUCCAUCAGUAGCAUUAGAAAGAAAGAGUUUGCAACAAUUUAGGAAAAUAUACACUACAUUUUGCGCCAAUAAAAAGCAAUUGUUAAACGAUAAAGGAAAACAAAAAAUAAAGGUAAGAAAACAAUUCAAGAAGCGAAAAAAAAUAUAUCGUAAUUCGUUAAUACA